UUUUUUGAUUAACCUGGGGGUAUCCCAGGCCGAGGCCCAGACUAAUCCCCAAGGGGAGGUGCAGCCCACGGAUGGACCCUCUCUCCGGGUUUUCAAAUGGGUCCUAAAGCAAACCCAUAUCCGCGUGGCCACCUAGUGAUUUAGCCGUAGUGGGGUGCCUUCGAACCCGGGUCGCUUAGCUCGCCGGUAUCCGCCUACCACUAGGCCACCAAGAGGUGGUUAAUGUUGUUGUUGUUGCGUUUUUUUUAUUCUCCUUGUCUGUGUCUCACUUUGUUUCUGGUUCAUAAUAAGACCUUGAACUGAUAUCGGGUCAUCAUCAUGUAAACUGUUGCUACUCUGUGUUUCGUUUUUUUUUGUGUUAUGAAACUAUGGCUUCUGUUGUUUUUGUUUUCUCGAUAUUAAAUAUCAAAAGUCAUUGCCGACAAGUAAAAAUAUUUUGUGGUUAAAGCCUGAUUCGAUUUAUAUAAUGAAUAUUUUAUAAUUAAAAAAAACAAAAAAAUUAAUCAGUUUUGUAAUAGGAAUGAUUUAAUAAGAGACCUAUAUAUACAUUACUCAGCUUUUUGGUUUAACAUCAUAAAUUAACAACCAAGAAGCAAUGUCAAGCGCUACAGUCCUCGAUGAAUCUAGCCUUCCUAGCCCUAGGAGUACAUGGAGGAUGGACGGGCAGUUACGAUACGACAUUGCGAUGAACACCAUCAUUGUAAUCCUCAUCACUGAUGCGGUCUUACAUAUGACUCUGAGAGCCCACAAGAUUCCCCUUGAUGAUAACGUUGUGGGACUUUUAUGUACGUUAGUAGUUCCGUACAUGAUUGUCAUCACGAUUAAUUGCGGGUAUUGGCUUUCAGAAACCGAGGAUGAAGGGUGUUUACCUGCAAUUUACAUCAUGGGACGCCUUGGUCACACGUUAGGCUUUUGUAUUUUCCUCUGUCUCCUCUAUUCUAUUUCUCACUUGGCUAUGUACGUUGCUCUACCUUGUUUACUAUGGUUGGUGCCAGCCAUGUUUGCACCGUGUUGUCCAUGUCUGUGGAGAGGAGAGUCAACUUGGUGGAAUUUUGUGAAGCAACCACAACCAACAGUAGAUAUUGUUUCACUUUUUUAAGAUUACACAAUUUUUGAUCUUCCAUGAUGAGAAUUUUGGACUAUUAUUAUUACUAAUUUUGUGCUUUAAUUGCUUAUCACGUGAAUAUCUCGUCAAUUGUUUUUAACUUUUCUCUCUUGCGAUCGGUGAAUUUUGCUUCCCACUGUCUACCCAUAAACAGUGUUGAAAUGUGUUUCGCGAUCUAAGAAGAUGUUAUUAGGGUUUACGGAUUGUUUUAGACAUCAAUCAUCAAGAAAAUUAGAGUUUCCUAGUCUUGAUUUGUUCCUGCUUAAUGUAAUUUGGGGUUUAGUGAUCAUUUAUCUUUUGGUUUUGUGUUGCAUGCAGAGUAUCUUGGUGCUGGAGUCGUGUGCUCCUGCUUAGCUUCAACUUACUAAAUAAAAUAUAAGCUAAGGCAUUUAUCUUUGGAUGUUGUUGUUGUGUUUGUUUGAUCCUCUUUAGAUACAACUGAGUCUGUGUCAAAGUUUGUUUCUGGUUCAUAAUAAGACCUUGAUAAAUAUUGGGUCAUCAUCAUGUAACAGUUACAACGGAGUCUGUGUCAAAGUUUGUUUCUGCUUCAUAAUAAGACCUUGA